UCGUUUCUGUAUUUGUGAAGUUCUUAACGUCAAGUUGGGAUCAGCAGUCAUAUCCAUUAUUUGAAGAAAUUCAAUUUUAUUCCAAAUUAAAAUUAAAAUGUUGGGUCGCACAGGUCUUUUGGCUCGUAAUAUCACCCAGAGUUUGGUCAGACACCACAGCCAUGGCGGUAUUCCCGGCGAGAACUUGCCUUUCGGUCUGAAUAAUCGCUACAAGUUGACCGCUUAUUUUAUACUUUUCUUUGGUUCUGGAUUGGCUGCUCCGUUCUUAGUCGUCAGACACCAGCUGCUAAAGAAGUAAAAUUUAAGUUCCAACUUUAUAAGCAAAUUUGAUGGAAAACUUUUAAAGGCUAUGACCAACUAUUUAAAAGUGUGUUAUGUAUGAUUAAGAUAAAAGUGAAACAAUUUUCACCAAUAAAACAAAUGUCAUACCCAAAA